CCAACCCCAACCCUGGCCAAGGGCAGGAAGGUCAUGCUGCCCUGCAGCUUCUCCCCAGGGCAGCAUGCACAGGACAUGGAGGUGACCUGGUUUUGGGAGCAGUUCUCCCCCUUUGUGCAUCGCUACAAGGGGAGACAGGACCAGUAUGGGGAGCAGAUGCUUCAAUACCAAGGGCGUACUGAGCUGCUGAAGGAUGGCCCUGCCCAGAGCAGCACACACUUGAAAAUUUUCCAUGUCCAGCUCUCUGACAGGGGAGAUUACACCUGUUUUGUUCAACAUGGCUUAGAUUACGUCAAGGCUGUGGUAGAGUUCAAGGUGACAGCCAGUGGCUCUGCCCCAUACGUCGAGGGGGGGAUCCGGGUGUCCUGCAGCUCAGCCAGCUGGUACCCAUGGUCUCCGGUGCUGUGGCAAGAUUCCGUGGGUGGCAGCUCCCGUCCCACUGGGAAGACACUACCCUGGAUGAGAACGGGCUCUGCAGUGGAGAGCAGCAGAGGUGUGACCCAGAAACUCUCCUGCUCUCUGCAGCAUGUCCCGCUCAGACUGGAGCAGGGGGCAGCCCUUUAUUCCAUCUCACCUGCAGUGAACAUGGUUCUGGAUCCAGACACAGCCCACUGGGACCUUGUCCUGUCUGAUGAUGGCAUCCCUGCCAUCCCUGAGAGAUUUAACCCAUGCUGCUGCGUGCUAGGCUCUGACGGCUUCACCUCAGGGAGACAGUAUUGGGAAGUGAAGGUGAUGGAUACAGGAAGAUGGGCCAUGGGAGUCUCUACAGAAGAUGUGAAAAAGAAGGAUGAUAUUGAAUUUAAGCCAGAGAAAAGCAGCUGGGCAGUGGGGCUGUUGGCAGCGUACUUCCUAGCUCUCACCUCUCCCGAUCGCACUCUCCUUCCUGAAAUCAGUACUCCCAAACAGAUCUGGAUCUGUCUGGAUUAUGAAGAGGGAUGGGUAGCAUUUUUCAGUGUUGACGAGGGUGCUUCCAUCUUCACAUUUCCACUGGUAUUGUCUGAGAGAAAAACAAUCCACUUUUGGUUCUAUCUGGGUCUUGGGGCCUCUCAAAAUAUGACUGUGAUGAAUGGGAGGGAGUGAGAUAAGGCUUUUCUAGAAGAACUUGGUAGUUCAUACUCACAGAAGGAUUGAGGUUAGAAGGAACCUGUGGAGGUUUCUGUGGCAACCAGCUGCUCAGAGCUGGGUUAACCUGAGGGCUGUGUUAGGUGUUUUUGGACCUUGUUCAGCUGAGCUGUGUUGG